AUGGCGAUGACCGAUGAGACCGAUGAGAGUGGUGGGGUCAUUCUGGAUGGACCCUUUGACCCAGAUGCCCAGGCAACUGUGACAGACUACAUAGACUACACCGAAUACCUUCCUGCCGACCUGAUCCGUUCCUUGACCCUCAUCCACGGCCUCGACAACCGUUACUCGGACUCGGCGCAAGCCGUGCACAACCUGACCAAGACAUAUGGGCAGCUCCCAGAUCUCCCAAAAGAUGAGCAGCCCAGCGCCAUUGCCUUGCGCAAGGACAUCUCAUUUCAGUUGGACCGCGCGAUCAACGCCCGUGAGUCCGCCUACGCCGAGUCUUGUCGCCUGUACGAGGUUGUCGAUCGCCACUUCACCCGCUUGGAUUGUAUCCGCAAGAAGCUCGAGGGCCUUCCAAAACCCUCGUCCAGAGAACCGUCGCCUGCACCGGAACCCACCCCUAAGCGUGCGCGCGGGGGCAAGAAGGUCGACGUCGCGUCCACGACGCGCAUCACUCUUCGCGUCGAUAAGAAGCGGCCGAAAACGCAAAAGUCGCGGUCGCGUCGCUCCGCCAUCACUGCUGAGCAUUGGGCAGGACUGCACCCAGAUUCGCCCAUUGCCAGCACCGAACAAUCAGAUGCGGAAGCAGACGCCGAUUUCGACACUGCGAUCUCGAAAACUACGAAAUUUUCAAAGAAGGAGAAGCAGCGCCGUCCGAGUUCUGGGGUGGGUGUCUCGACGAGCAAUGCUCUCGCUAUGUUGAAGCCACCACCGGAGAAUGCCCAGCUCGGCAGCGAGGAUUUGCCGUGGCUGCGAUUAACGGAAUGGGAGAUGACGAAGUUGCGGAAGAAGAUGAAGAAAAAUGCUGUUUGGCAGCCCAGUGAGGUCAUGGUUCAUCGUGAGCUGUCCCUCUCAGGUCGUGGAUGGGAGGCCUACCGAGCCACCAAGGCCGCGGCCGAGGAGACUGGUGCCGAGUUCAUCGACUGCGACAACAUCGAGCAGACUCGCCCCGGAGAAAGUGCCAAGGACCUUGAGGAGACCAAGUUGAGCAACCGCGGAAUGAAGCUGAACGAAGCUAAGAAGCUGAAGCGCGAGAUGUUGGCACGGGAGGCGGCAUUGGAAGGGGGUUUGGUCCAGUCGACUCCUGGCCCGGCUCAAGCCACUCCGACUGUUAGUCGAUCAUCACGAAAGAGGAAGCGGGAUGAGCUUGCGGCUGAGGAGAGCCACGAAAUCGCUGCUGCCGAGCCCGAGGAACCUCCCGUCCCUGUGAAACCCGACCCGGCGCGCCGCAGAUCCAACCGAGGAGCCGCUGCAGCUACUGCGGGCACAGAUACCACUGCCGUGUCGGUACCUGCCGCCGCAACCAAGGUAUCUCCUCCCCUGCCCUCCCCCACGGGAUCCCGCCGGUCCAUCAGAUCCGUCGCCCAGCCUGCCAACACGCCCACCCCGCCUGUCAGUCGACCCUCGUCCCGACGCUCUGCAGCCGCUGCAUCCAUUGAGACAGGGCUUCUGACCAAUAUUUCCGCCAUCGCAGCCGCCGGUGGACGAGAUCUGCGCAUCAAAAGUGCGACGCCUGUCCGCAAAACUCCCGUCCGAGAACCCUCCCAUGCACCCAGCGUCCCUGCUCUCGCUCCCACUCGCCGGCGCAAACGCCCAGCGCCUGGUCCCGUCUCAUCCGGUCAAGAUGGCGGCGCGGCCGUCAGCUACGGGCGCCGCAAGGCCAAACCGGGCAAGAAGCGCAUCAACGUCCGGAGCUCACAGGACGUCCGCGUCGACGAGGACGGUGUACUGGAGGAGAUUGAUGCCAACGAACCGCGAUACUGUAUAUGUGGGGAUGUGAGCUUCGGAACGAUGAUCUGCUGUGAAAAUCCGGAUUGUGACCGUGAAUGGUUCCACCUCGACUGUGUCGGCCUGUCCGAGGUUCCUUCGCGGACUGCCAAAUGGUUCUGCCCCGAGUGCCGCGUGCGGUUCCGAAAAGGCACGGACGGCAUUGUGAAGGGCGGGCUGAGACGAUAG